ACGUAACUUCCUAUAGGCACCGGAAGUGUUCGCGAAGCAACAAUUUUCAUUUUCCUGAUUAUACUGUGGCUCCUGCUAGGGCCGGACCUCAGGGACCCCGAGCUGGGAGCGGGCGAAGAGUUCUGCUCCUGAAUGCCAGCCUUUCCCUGAGAGGUGGGAGCAUUGAGGAAGAGCCAAUGGCCCCUCCACUCCUGACUGCCAGGGCCCCCCAGGAAUUGAUGACAUUCAAGGAUGUGACUGUGGAGUUCACCUGGGAGGAGUGGGGGCGCCUGCACCCCUCUCAAAAGAAAUUGUACCGGGAUGUGAUGCUGGAGAACUACAGGAACCUGGUCUACCUGGGCCUUGAAUUUCCCAAACCACAUGUGAUCUACCAGCUGGAGCAUGGAGAAGCCCCUUGGAAGGCAAAUGACAUCUCCAGGAUCCCCCAUCCAGGUUGGAAGAUUAUCCCUGAAAUCAAGGAGUCACCUCCCAAGAUGGGCAGUUUUAUGGAAAAAUCACAGCAUAUAAAUGAUGUUCCCUGUUUCUCCAGAUUGGGACAAACCUGGGAAUAUGGGGCCAACUACAAGAGAAGGCAGAACAGAGAGGAGAAUUAUCACGUACCUAACGAUUGUGUAGAGGCCUUCUUUCAGAAUACCAACCUUAUUGGUCAUCAGAGAAUAGAUUCUCUAGGAAAUGUGUGCAAUGAAGGUGUGGAGGACUUCUGUCAGAACAAACAACUUUCUCAAAAUCAGAAAAUCCUUACAGGGGAGAAAUCUUAUGUAUGUGAUAAAUGUGGCAAGGCCUUCAGCCAGAGGUCGGGACUUAGGGAACAUCUGCAAAUUCACACUGCAGUGAAACUUUAUGACUGUAUUGAAAAUGGAAAGACCUUGUCUCUGAAUAGUAAAUUGACUGGACAUCAGAGAGUUCAUCCUGGAGAGAAACCUUAUGAAUGUAGUAUAUGUAGGAAGGUGUUCCGUUGGAAGUCACAUCUUACUCAACAUCAGACAGUUCAUUCUGGUGAGAAACCUUAUGUAUGUAAUGAAUGUGGAAAGGCCUACCACAAGAGGUCAGUGCUCACUGAACAUCAGCGGACUCAUACUGGAGAGAAACCUUAUGAAUGUCAUACGUGUGGAAAGACCUUCCGAUGGAGCACACACCUUAGUCGACAUCAGAGAAUUCACACUGGAGAGAAACCUUAUGUAUGUAAAGAAUGUGGGAAGGCCUUCAGACAGAGGACAGUGCUUACUGAACACCAGAGAACUCAUACUGGAGAGAAACCUUAUGAGUGCAAUGAAUGUGGAAAGUCUUUUCGGUGGAGGACAGUGCUUGCUAAACAUCAGAAAGCCCAUACUGGAGAGAAACCUUAUGAAUGUAAUGAAUGUGGGAAGUGCUUUCAUUGGAAUACAAACCUUACUCGACACCAAAGGACUCAUACUGGAGAGAAACCUCAUGAAUGUGCAAAGGCCUUCCACCAGAAGUCAGAGCUCAUUGGCCGUCAGAGGACUCAUGCCAGAGAAAAACAUUAUGAAUGUCAUGAAUGUGGAAAGACCUUUCAGUGGAACACAAACCUUACUCGACAUCAAAGAAUUCAUACUGGAGAGAAACCUUAUGAAUGUAAUGAAUGUGGAAAAGCCUUUCGAUGGAGUAUAGUACUUACUGAACAUCAAAGAAUUCACACUGGAGAGAAACCUUAUGAAUGUAAUGAAUGUGGAAAAGCCUUUCGAUGGAGUACAAACCUUACGCGACAUCAAAGGACUCAUACCAGAGAGAAACCUUAUGAUUAUAAGAAGAUCUUCCACCAGGAGACUCAAAAUCAGAAAAUUUGUGGUGGAGAGAAACUUUAUGAAUGUAAUGAGUGUGGAAAGACCUUCCAUCAAAAGGCAGGACUUACUCGACAUCAAAGAACUCAUACAGGAAAGAAAUCUUACAAACAUAGCAAGUGUGGAAAGGCAUUUCACAGGAGCACAGAAUUUACUCAACAUCAGACAAUUCCUAUUUGAGAGAACUCUUUUGAAUGUAUUAUGCAUGGUAAUGGAACUUGCCAGAAUACUGGGCUCACCAUCAUAUAAUUUAGUCUGGGAAAAAAAAAAAACUUCAUUGAAUGAAAUGAUCAUGAGAUAUCUUUCUUCAAGAACAAUGAACUUUCCCAACUUGAGAGAAUUUGUGUCAGAGAUAAACUUGAAUAAUGUUACAUAUUUAAACUAAAAAGAAAUUUUGCAAACUAAGUCAGUCUCAAAUUUCUCAUAUAGAAUAAUCCGAACAUUUAAAUUUCAAGUUUCUAGGCAAUUCCCUCCCCCAGUAUUCAAGUUUAUAGCUGAUAAUUUAGAUUAUUCAUUAAGAAUAUGGUGGCACUCUGGCAACAACUGGUUCCCUAAAGUUUACUCCUCCAAAUUUUCAGAAUCAUCAGCACGGUAGUUUUCCUCACAGAGAGUUAUCCCUACUCCUUGCUAAGGCUUAACCUAUGCCUGUGCUUUGAUCUCAUCUAAUCUGACUUAUUCAAGAACCCUAUGCUGUCACUCGUAUUCAUUGUCUAAUGCAUUUUCAAUUUAUUCCUCUCCACCAACUCCUUACUAUAGUCAAACAUAGUCUUUAUAUAUACCUCCACCCCAAAUCUCUAUUCCUCACUUGUUACCCUCACUCAUCAACCAUCUCAUUUUUCUUCUACCUUUACUACUCCAAAUUUGUUGGGAAAAGAGUGCCUAUGUUCAUUUCUGAUUUCUUACCAUCUUCUGUCUUCUUAGUUGAAAUACUCCAUGUUUGAACUGUUUAAACAUUGAAUCCAUUCAACACAGCCUUGGCAUGGGGUGAUCAUUAUGAUGCCUGGCCUUGAAUGUCCUCAACUCAAAGCUGUCUCUAGAGCUAAGUCUGGAAUUCUCAACUAAGGACGAGUCUAACAAAAACCACCAGCUCCUCCUCCAGGUGUCACACCUAGACUAAAAUAGACCUGCCUUCUGCUGCACUGGAGUGCAAACAGUCCCCAUGUGAACAUCUCUUCCUCUAGUCUACUUGGGCAGUAACACUGGAAAUGAACCACUCAGUCUUGGAUUGAGGGGAUACAUCUGAGAGCAGAGCAAUGUGGGAGGAUUAGGUGGGCUGCAGGGAAGGAGUGGGCAGUCCUUUGUUUCCACAGCCUACCUCUCUUUCCCAGAAAGUUACAGCUUAGUGCUUCUACCUUUAGGUGCUAGCCUUGCCCUUUCCCAGAGGUGAGUUUCAUUGGAUGAUACCCCUGAUAGUGUGAACCUUAAAAAUUCCCAGACCCUAAUUCAUAAAAUUGGAUUAAGACCAUUCCCCAUUUGGGCAGUGAACUCUACUUAGAUCAGGAAUGUGAGAACUCUACUUCACCUACUUAAGUCUGCCCUAGGGGAAGAUAAAGUUGUAAACUCUUUUCUGAACAAUGAAAAGUACUUAAACCCAUACUUAUAAUAAGGCAAAAAGUUCUUAAGAUAAGUACCUAUAAAGGUCAAGCAACUUGUGAAUUUACAAGGAACAAAGAGCUGAGAAACUUACUCAGAGCUUUCCUGGUGUGAAUUACUAAAAAAUCCACACCUUCUUAGGUGUGGACUAAGAAUGGGCUGUCCUUUGAAAAACGUCUACUGUGAUUGAUAGAUGGAAGAACUUAGGGGAGGUGACAGAGGAGAAAAUUCCCUAUAUAAGGAGAUGACAGGCUCUUUAAAAAAAACCAGUCUCUAAGGAGGCUGUUGGGGGAGAGCUCUGGAAAUAGGCUCUUGGGACAGUCUCUUGAGGACAGUCAGAAGAAUCCCUCUCUGGAGAAGGAUGGCUGGCUGAACUGGUAUCUAUAUUCUUGCUUAGACAGAUCUUGUGGUGAGUGAUUAAGGACUGACUGAUCUCUCUCUUAAGAUUCAGGUCUAGGCUAUGUUGGCUUAAGGCCCUUCAUACUUUUUCCUUUCUUAUUCUCUCUCUCUUUCUUAAUUCCUCAUUUGUAUGAAUGAAAUUCUUUAUAAAACCCAGUUGACUUGGGUAUAUUCAUAAUUGGGAAUAUUUCCGUGAAUCACCUUAUAUAUUUGAUUAAAAACAAGACACUGUAG